ACUAACUAGGUUAUUAUUUGUCCGGAAACUUUUGGAGGGCGGGCUUACGUGUAUCUUGAUUACAAGUAUAGAUUACUAGGAUUAUUAUCAGAGAAGGUGAAAAUGUCAACGCAGCAGGAGCAAUUAAACUUUAUCGAACGCCACCUGGUGUUCGAUAUUUUUAAGGACUUUGGAGCUGGUGCUUCGCUGGAAUCCCACAAAGUGGAGUGCUCCAAUGGUCUAGAUGGCUUCAUGUCCGCCUUGUACACUGUCCAGCUGGAUCUGAAGAUUGCGGAUCGCAAGCAAACGGAGGUGGUCCUGGUCAAGUUCAUGAAGGGCACGGAGGCGUUCCGGGAGAGCAGCAACUCGUACAUCCAGUUUGCCAACGAGAUCUUCGCCUAUGCCGAGAUCCUGCCCGCCUAUGAAAGUCUCCUGAGGACAAGUCACCUGGUCAGCGAUGUGGUGGGGAACUGGGUUCCCCGCUGCUAUUUCGCCAAGUUUGGUCAAGUUGAAGAUCUUAGCAACGGUCGUGAAUCCGUACUAGCUCUAAAGCACCUCAAGGGCGAUGGCUUCCAGUUGGGUCCAAGACUAACCCUUCGUCGGGAUCAACUCGAGGCCAUGGUGGGUCUGAUUGGACCAUUCCAUGCUCUUGGCUAUGCCACUCGAAUCCUCCAGCCGAAUGUUCAUGCCCGUUUACGCGCCGGCGUGGUGGACAUGCCCUUUGUUUCCGAUUCUGGAAAGGCCAUCUUUGAUGUCCUCUAUCGCGUAGCCUUCGAUAGGUUCUACGAGUUCUACGACCGGCAAAAGGAGCAGCUCCUCAAGGAUUCAGAUGCGGGAUUUGGCGCCGCCAUCGAACGUCUCCGCGAAAAGUACUUCAAGCGGCCUACACAAUUGCUGGAGUGGAUUCGCACCGCAUCCUAUGCGGAGGACCAACCGGAAAGCCACUUUGCGACAUUCCUGCAUGGAGAUUACAAUCGGAACAAUGUGCUCUUCCACUACGGAGCCGAUGACAAGGUAGAUGGCAUCAAAGCCAUAGAUUUCCAGGAGCUGCGUUUCAGUACCACGGCCAUCGAUCUUAGUUUCUUCAUGUACAUGACCACUGCAUCCGAAGGAAGGGAGGAGAUCUAUGCCGAUCUGUUGCGCAAAUACCAUUCAAAAAUGAUUGAGAUGCUGGAGUUGGUGCUGCGGCGCAACCAGGAUGAGUUGACCGAGGAUCGGGUGGAUCAGCUGCUAAAGGAAUACAGCUUUGAUCAUUUUGAGGCGCACUUUAAGCGCUAUGCUUUCUACGGCGCAAUGGUCUGCAUGCACUUCUUGCCCUGGCUUUUGGGUAGUGAAACGGAUUGCGCCGAGUUGUCCCGACUGUUUGAUACGGACAUGCACGGUGCUGCCUUCCACCAGUUGUCCUUGGACAUUGCAGGUGAUGAGGCGAACCUGGAGAUCUUCAAAAUAGUGCGACACGCCUACGAGCACGGCUACAUGGACGAGAUUUAAAAUCUUAUCUUAUGGUUGCUAUAUAAUUACAGAUCAAAUCUAA